GGCCAAUUUCGAGUGAAAGGACGGACGAUGGGCGUGUCGGACCUCCUUCCGAAGCUCAAGAGCAUCAUCUCCAUGACGCACAUUAGCAAGUACCGUGGCAAGCGCGCGGCCAUCGACGCCUCGGGCUGGCUGUACAAAGGCGCGUACACGUGCGUGGUCGAGCUCGGUCUUGGCACGCUCGAGAGCGAUCCUAUCGGCGAGUACAUUGAAGGCGAGGCGACCGCGCCGUACAUCAGCUACUGCCUCGCGCGUCUCGAGCUGCUGCUGGAGCACGACAUCACGCCGACCUUCGUCUUUGACGGGGCCACCGUGCCCGCCAAAGCGGCAACGAAUCAAAAGCGCCGCGCCACCCGCGAGACGUAUCGACGACAAGGCGCCGAGCUCCACGCCGCCGGCGACUCGGGCAAGAGCUUCUCGGCGUUCUGCCGGGCGCUGCACGUGACGCGGGCCAUGGCGCGCAAGCUCUUCGUAACGCUGCGCGCCAAGUACCCGAACAUACGAUGCCUGGUCGCGCCGUACGAGGCCGACGCGCAGCUCGCCUUGCUCUCAAAAGAAAAGCUCGUCGACGUCGUCUUCUCCGAAGACAGCGACUGCAUUCCGUAUGGCUGCAAGACGGUCUUCUUCAAGCUCGAAAACAACGGGUAUGGGGAAGAGUUUCGGCGGCGAUACAUGGGCGCGAACGAAGACAUGUCGUUCACGGGCUGGAGCGAAGACAUGUUCGUGCAGUUUUGCAUCCUCGCUGGCUGCGACUAUUGCCCGACACUCAAGGGCGUCGGGCCCGUCGCGGCCCACGCCCUCGUUGAGACCCACCGGACGCCAACGCGGGUGCUCGCCGAACGACGACAACGACGACGGUCUCAUGCGGCGACGACAUCUUUCCGGCGAGCGUACCUCGAGGCCAUCCUCACGUUUCGCCACCACUUGGUCUUUGAUGAGACCCGUCAGAAGUGCCGCAUGCUCAACCCGCUGAGUGCGUCAACUGAGGUCUUGGCGCUCCAUGGCGGCAGCCUCUCGUGUCUUGGCCGCGUCGACCUGCCCGAUGCGAUUGUUGUUGGAAUUGCGAACGGGUCGCUAAACCCAAACACGCACGCGCCCGAGCCAGUCGGCGCUCGCACCCGACCUCGCGGUGACCAAGAGGCGCCAGCGUCCAAGCGGGCCCGCGCUGUGUAG